AUGCCGGCAUUCAGCAGCUCUAUCAACAAGUCGGGUUCCAACAAAAGAGUUGCUCCCAAAGCGCCUCCUCGCCGAACAAUACGGAAUGCCACGACACCAAGCGCAGGAUCUCGAGAUGACGAUACUAUCUCACAGAGCCAGUCCUUUCCUGGGACGCCUGAUCCACAACAUGUCCAGGGUAACGCAGCUUCAAUUGUACAUAGUCAACAAGAACCAGUCGACAACAGACAUAGCUGGAAUUCUGCCACCCGGCUACAUGACGGUUCAGCCAACACCGCAACCUCAGAGAGCGACUUUCCACAAACUGUCAAUCCUCUUCCGGCUUCAACUUCCUUACGUUCAACAAGAGCACCGACGGUUAUAUCGACUGCACCACAAGAGGUACCAUCUUUGGCUGAUACGGAGCCAUCGGCUCUUAUCCAAGCAUCUGUCGGGGCAGUCGCGAUAAGUGAGCCAGCGCAAACGUCAAGACAGACGCGAGCGGCCACGAAAUCUUUCCAGGAAGCCAGUAGGACGGAGGCUGUGGCUGAUACCAUACCAAGUUCAAACAACCAAACAACCGUUAGCCCAGAUAUCAUUUCAAAUGCAUCAAGAGGACGUCGCAAACCAGGUCAAGUAGUGCAACCUGUCGUUGCAACUAAACCUGCCAUAGUGGAGACCGCUGGAGCUACACGAGACCAAGCUCUUGACCAGGUCAACACAGGUAGUUCCAAGGCAAAAGUACCUCGACAGAGUAAACUUCGCUCAGAGAGGCAGGCGCCUUUUGCAGUUCACGAUGGAGUGCCAGAUCGGUCACAAACCCUUGAGAACCCCUCGGCGCAGCCCGGUAAUUCUACAACCAGUAAGCGAAGAUCUACUUGGAAGAGGAAGCAAAGGCUAUCAGCCCAAGAAGCUGCAGAAGAGGUCAUCGAUGAAGCCACUGGUGGAGUUAAUGGAGAUGAACGAGCGGUCAGGGGAAGGAAGCGCAAGCGCAAACUGGGAUCGGAGGAGGCAGAAAGUCAUGAGAUUGUACCCUCUGAGGUCAUGAUGGCAGACCUUGUCAAAGACCAAGGUUUGGGGAAAACUUCGAGACGAGAGGCUGAAAUGCAAAAGAUUGAUUGGUUGGAAGUGAAGAGGAAGCGGCGUGAGGCAGAGAAAGAGGCUCUCAAGGAAGAGCAGAGGCAGAAAGAGGCCAGAAAGAACGGCGGUCCGCUACCUGCACCUGGUCCGCAUGUUGCAGAACGACUCGUCCUUGUUAACGGCCAGAUGGUCAUCGACGAAUCAUCAAGGAUGAUUGACCGAAAUGCAGAAACUGCUAGAGACGCCGAAGGAGUUGAAGAGGCGAUUGAUGAGGAUCGUUUGACGAAGCGGGUCAACCAAUCGACCGUGGGCCGAAAACCUGGGACGGUGAGAACUUACAGCACCUGGGACGAUGAGCAGACAGAGCAAUUCUACCAGGGGCUUCGAAUGUUUGGUACAGAUUUCAUGAUGAUCAGCAAGAUGUUUCCUGACACUUCGAGGGCUGUCAUCAAGAAAAAGUUCAACAAAGAGGAGAAACUCAAUCCCGAGAAGGUUUUCGCGGCAUUGAACUCGAAGGAACCGGUCGACCUACAAGCCUUCUCAGAAAUAACAGAUACCACCUAUGCAGAUCCCCAGGAUUUCUACAAAGAACUUGAAGAGGAGAAGGCAAGACUUGAAGCUGAAGACGCGAAAAUGCGGGCUGAAGACGCACAGCAUGAUCAGGACAUCCAAGAGUCGAUCGAACAAGCUGAUGAAGGUGCGAGUAGCGAAGGUGAACAUCCGGAUGGCGAACCACAAGCAAGAAAGAACCGUCUCGUGGCCGAGGCGCAAAGCAUUGUAGAUAACGCAAUUACGCGGAAGAAGAAGAGCAAGAAGACCCCCUCAGCGAGGAAGAAAAAGAGCAAGAAGGGUAAAGGUUUGCCGGCUGAAGGAACGGAGGAAAUCGUGGGUAGCAUUGAAGAUGUGGCCCCAUGA